AUGGGUGGCUCUUUGGGCUUUGCGACUAUGAACUUUCACUCAGUUCUGACCGACCUUUUUGGCGCUUCCCUAAUGUGUCAGCAUCCCCAUGAAGAGGUUGUCGAUCAUUUCGACGCAAGAAGACAUGGUGGUGGCAUGGGUAUUUGGCUUGGUAUCUGGACCUGGUGCUGGAUUGGAUCUCUUGGACUUGGUUUUCUCAUUGGUGCAGCUAUCAUUGAUAAACAUUCGCCAGCAUGGGGCUUUUACAUCAGCAUCAUGAUGAUUGCAGUUGUCUUGAUUCUCAAUGUGAUAUGCCCCGAGGUCCGACGAUCUGCAUUCCGACGGUCGAUUGCAGAAGUCCGAACAGGGGGGGACAUCUCACGUCGUCUGGCUCGAGGAGAAGUGAUGAUGCAUCGAGUCAAGACAGGUCCAAAGUGGUGGGGACAGGAAGCAUACCAUGGUGUUCGUUUAUCCUUGGAGAUGCUUGAACAACCUGGCUUCGCGGUUGUAGCGAUAUACGUCGCCUGGAUUUAUGCACAAGUCGUUCUUGUCAUCAUUCUGCUGGGCUCACUCGUAUCUCGCUUCUAUCAUCUCAGAUCGCCAUAUGUCGGCCUUCAUGUCGCCGCCGUUGCACUCGGCGCUCUCCUUGCAAUUCCUUUCCAAAAGGCCAGCAUCUUCUCCAGAUCUCGCAACCGAGAAAAUAAAGUUAACCGCGAGGUCCUAGGCAAAAAAAUAGUAUGGUCUUCACAUCUAGUCCGCCGGGCCGUCUUUACUAUUGCCCUUCCGAUUGGCGGCGCCUGCUAUGCUGCUGUUUCGUCAGGACCACCAAUCAGUUCUGGCGUGCCAACCUUUUUUGCCUUAUGUAUAGGUUUUCUAUCCUCCCUCGCCAUUUCAGAAUGCAACGGCCUCAUCAUGGAAACCUUCGAUACAUCGGAUCUGUCUCCCGGAAUGGUUGGUCGCCACCGUGAUCCCACAGGUCAAGACCAGCGUCGAACCAACUACUCCUCUUUUCCAAGAGUGACAGCAGGAUUCGCUAUGAUACAAUCCUUCUCAUACAUACUUGCGGCUGGCUCAACUGCGCUGGGCGGUCAUGUAACGCGGAAGCUUGGCCAACAAGUUGCCACGAGCGUCGUAGCUGCGAUACUCUUCUUGUUGACUGUCCUCUUGUUGCUUGUUCUCAUCCGGUUCAAGAAUGUGCUCAUCAUACCUCGUUCAAAAUCAGAAGAGAUGGAGAGAAUUACCCAAGCGCGUCGGCGGUCUUCGAAACGCCGAGCUUCCAUGCCCAAUGACUUGCGUGCACUGAUGGAAGAGGAUUAUGCCUGGCGGCCCACAAUGAUAGGAAACCCGAUGGGCAAAAACCGCCGAAUGAACGUAUUGGAAAUGGGUAACCUGACAAGGUGGCAAGAUAUUCGACGGCGAAAUAAGCUCAUUGAUGCGGGUGUCCAUCUCAAUCGUGAUACGUUGGAUCAAGGUCUAGAUGCUCUAGAUGUUGCGCUCGAAAACCAUAUUGAUAACAUGCGACAGAAUGCAUCUGGAUUCUUCAGACGAGGGAGCUUAAGAAAGCAUGGAAGCCGUCUCCGUCGCAGCAACCAAAGCAGUGAGCAGACAUUUCAUGACUUGGAACUGGACAUGCUUGAUCCAGUGGGUACGCCGAGUGAGUCGUCCCAGCAACCUCGACAGUAUGUCGAGAGGGAAUGUGUUAUGGGUCAAACAAUCAAGGAGGAGAACAAGGACGAAACCCAAGCUGGACCUAGCACUUUGCAAAAAGACCACACUUAA